AUGGGCUUCAAUCCAGUCAGCAGCACACCACACAGCCCGAAAGACUCCCGUGAAUACAUUUUGAAGAGACGACCAUGGCGACUCAACGUGACAGAUUUUCAAACAAUCAUUGACUUUCCUUAUCGCGGUAGCGGCACGUCAGACGACCCGUACAUUGUGGAGUGGCUCGAGAACGACCUCGAAAACCCCAAGAAUUACAGCGAGUCCCUACGAUGGAGCACCACGGCAUUGUUAGCAACCAUGACACUUUGUGUUGCCCUUGCAUCAUCUGCAUAUUCGGGCACCGUUGGUUCCCUGCUCGCUGAAUUCAAAUGCAGCCAUGAGUCCGUUGGUCGCCGCAAUAUAUUCCUCCUUUCUUAUACCGGAUACACGAUUUUUACUGCUGGUUGCUGUGGCUCACAAAAUGUUUGGACUCUCAUUAUCCUCCGGUUCUUCAGUGGUCUUUUUGGAUCUAGCGCCUUAUGUAUCCCCGGAGGUCAAAUUGCAGAUAUGUUCAAAGCGGAGCUCAGAGGCCUUGGAAUUGGCGUCUUCUGUCUUGCGCCAUUCAUUGGACCCGCUCUCGGUCCCAUCAUUGGUGGUUUCCUAGGCGAAGCAGCCGGUUGGCGCUGGGUGAUGGGUCUUUUGGCUAUAUUCGGGGCGUUGUUGACAUUGACGGCAUUCAUCUUCAUGCCUGAAACAUAUGCCCCAGCAUUGUUAAGAGCACGCGCUGAGCGUUUGUCGCAAGCCACCUCACAGGUGUAUCUGACCGCCGAAGAUGCGAAGAACCCUGUCGUUUUCAAGGAAUUGGUCAAGCACGCGCUGCUUCGACCAUGGGUAUUACUAUUUCGUGAGCCUAUUGUUUUUAGUCUGACACUUUACAUGUCAGCUAUCUACGGCACAUUGUACAUGUGCUUUGCUGCAUUCCCGAUCGUGUUUCAGGAAAAGCGUGGUUGGAAUGCCGGUGUUGGAGGCCUCGGGUUUACAGGCGUCUUGGUAGGGCUAAUAGUCGGAAUCCUCAUUAUCUGCUGGGACAACAAACGAUACGUUCGUAUCUACCGCGCAACCGACGGAUUUGCCCCUCCAGAAUGUCGUUUACCAGCAGUUAUCGCGGGCGGCAUCUCUAUUGUUGUCGGGCUGGCCUGGUUCGCCGCCACCGACUCUCCCCAUAUCCACUGGGUGGUUCCAGUCAUGGCUGGAGCUCCCUUUGGUGCAGGAUUCGUCAUGGUGUUUAUAUGCUGCGCCAAUUAUCUCAUUGAUGCGUACGUGAUAUUCGCCGCCUCAGUACUUGCUGCCAACUCUGUAAUGCGGUCCAUUUUUGCUUGUAUCUUCCCUCUCUUCACCACAUACAUGUUCAAUGAUAUUGGGAUCCACUGGGGCGUGGCUGUUCCUGGGUUUAUUGCACUCGCCUGUCUUCCAUUCCCCGUUUUGUUCUAUUUAUACGGCUCGAAGAUCAGAGCGCGUUGUAAAUACGCAGCAUUGGCAGAAGAGCAUCUGCGAAGCAUCAAAGUCAAUGAGAGCCUGAGCCCACAACCCUCGACUGACUUUGAAGAAAAUGCGAUCACAAAAGUGUAA